CGUCACGAGGUGCAACGACAGGACGUUGUUACGUAUUGGCCCAGCUGCUUAUGCUAAAUGCUAGCUAAGUCUCUGGUUUCUGUUUUGUUCUGUUUUGCGGUUUUCUGUUGUCCUCCAACAGGAGUCUGGGUAGAAAAACUUAAUUUAUCAGAUCGUUAACAGUCCUUGGAGCACCUGGACGUCUGUGUCGGGUCGUGGUCAUGGCUCUGCAGGGGCCGGAGGAGGUAGGGGAGCAGGUUGAAGAGCCGGAGGACCUGGACGACCAGGACGCUAGCAGCAUCUCCCCGGCCGAAGAGAUAACCCUUCCACCGGGGACGGGGGGCGACGGAGAGCCGGAGGAGGCUUUCCUCCUGCCGUGGGACCGCUUUUCCUCCUGGCUGCACUGUAUCUGUGUGGUCGGCUUCGACCUGGAGCUGGGCCAGGCGGUGGAGGUAAUUUACCCUCAUCAUUCCAAACUGUCAGAGAAAGAGAAAACAAGCAUCUGCUACCUUUCCUUCCCAGACUCCAACUCAGGUUGCCUUGGCGACACGCAGUUCUGCUUCCGCUUUCGACAGGGAUCCAACAGGAAGUCGUCCCUUGGGUGUUUCCUGGAAAACACGGAUCGAGACGCGCCGCCCUGCCUGAAGCGGGAACAAGGCCAUUACUACGGCUAUGUGUAUUUCCGUCAGGUUCGAGACAAAUCCCUGAAGAGAGGAUACUUCCAGAAGUCUCUGGUUCUGAUCAGUAAGCUGCCGUAUGUGACCUUCUUCCACUCGCUGCUGAAGAUCAUGGCUCCGGAGUACUUUGAGAAACAGGAGCCGUGCCUGGAGGCCGCUUGUAACGACAUCGACCGCUGGCCGACGCCGCAUCCUGGACGAGUCCUGACUCUGCCGAUCAUGGGCGUCGUCAUCAAGGUUCGCAUCCCAACCUGUUACGAUAAACCAGGAACCUCCCAGUUGGUCCAGUCAGCCCAGGGUGACAGUUUGGUUUCAAUCAUUCUCCCGACGAUCCAUGAAGUGGACUUGUUCAGGUGCUUCUACCCGGUCUUCUUCCACAUCCAGAUGCUUUGGGAGUUGGUGUUGCUUGGGGAGGCCCUGGUCGUCAUGGCGCCGUCGCCCGCUGAGUCGUCAGAAACCGUGCUGGCGUUGGUCAGCUGUGUGUCUCCGCUGCGUUACUGCAGCGACUUCAGGCCGUACUUCACCAUCCAUGACAGCGAGUUUAAGGAGUACACGACCCGGACGCAGGCUCCGCCGUCCGUCAUUCUGGGAGUGACCAAUCCCUUCUUUGCAAAGACUCUGCAGCACUGGCCGCACAUCAUCCGCAUCGGAGACAUGAAGCAAGCAGGAGAAGUGGCCAAGCAAAUGAAGGUGAAGAAACUUAAAAACCUGAAAACUUUGGACUCCAAACCUGGUGUGUACACGGCCUACAAGCCGUAUCUCAACAAAGAUGAAGAAAUCAUCAGGCAGCUCCAGAAGGGCGUCCAACAGAAGAGACCAUCGGCGGCUCAAAAUGCGAUUCUUCGACGAUACUUUUUAGAGCUGACUCAGAGCUUCAUCAUUCCGCUGGAGCGAUACGUGGCCAGCCUCAUGCCUCUGCAGAAGUCCAUCAGUCCCUGGAAGAGUCCGCCUCAGCUCCGGCCUUUUGUCCAGCCUGACUUCAUGAAGACCCUGGAGAAAGCAGGACCGCAGCUCACCUCCAGGCUGAAAGGAGACUGGAUAGGCCUCUACAGGCAUUUUCUAAAGUCUCCCAACUUUGACGGCUGGUUCCGGAGCAGGAAAAGAGAGAUGACUCAGAAACUGGAGGCUCUCCACCUCGAGGCUCUAUGUGAGGAGGACCUUCAGCAGCGGGUCCAGAAGCACACAGAGGUGGAGGUGGUUGAUCUGGUUCUGAAGCUCAAAGACAAACUGAGCCAGGCGGAGCGGGAGCAGCUCCCGGUCCGGCCGGGGACUCUGUCCAAACUCAGAGCCCACAUCGACGCCGUCAUCCUGGCCUUGCCAGAGGACCUGCAGGGCAUCCUUCACAAGCCGCCCACAUCCUGAUAAAUCCACUCCUUGGCUUGAAAACGGAUCCAGCCGCUGGCGGGACCCAGGCCCAGCUGGAGGCCUGCUCGGCUCAAACACGGCGUUGGGAAUCAUGUGGUCUGGACCGGCCUGGAGCUGCCAGAUGAAGAGUUUUGUUUUGUUUGGGAAAUGAAGGAGAGCUGAUCACGUCCUCACAUAGACCACUACUAAUCCUGAACCUGUGCUGAGCAGCGGACAGGAAAACUGACUCAACAUUUUUACUGCUGAACAUCUUCGGUUCCUAUUUUUGAACCGGGCUUCAGAGUUUUCAUCCAUUUUUUCUUUUUCUUUAAAGAAAGUGCCCAACUCACUCGCAUGCCCUCACACACACUCAGACUUAUGCAAACAAACUGACCCGAGCAGAGCCAAGCAGUGCAUUAUAUUUAUAUUUCACAGAAAUGUUCUUUAUUGAAACACAAACAGCAUUCAGAACCAGCAACCUGCUCUCAUCCUGCUGCUGUGAAGCGUCGCUCAGGAGCCACGACACCACUACCAGUCUGACAUUAGGUACUCACCGUCUCUGCAAGAACAUCCUGCAACAUGCAUGUUGUUUGUUCUUGUCUGAACCCUGAAUUUGUGUCCAUUUUUAACUGAGCUCUGUGUUGAAGAAGCAACAUUUUACACCUCAAAAAUACAAUUUUCUUGUCCAAUUUCUAGUGCAAAUAUGUAUAAGAAGACAAAACUAACUUACAGGCAACUUUUCAGCAAGAUGUGAGAACUUAUUUUCAGCAGUUCAUUCUUGAAAAUCGAUUUUUAAAAAGUAGAGGUUCCACUAGAUUAUUUUACUUGUAAUAAGACAUUAUACCAUGUUGUAAGAUAAAUAAGCAUCAAUUUUAUGUAACUAUUUUCUCAAUACAAGCUCCUGUAUCUUGUUACUUGUAAUUUAGUUUAGUUUUAUUUCAGCUGUACCAGAAUAUUUUGUGUUUUUGCAGUGAACCAGGUGACCACACUCCAAAAACACCAAAUCUUUUUUGUCAAAUUUUGAUUGAAGUAUUUUAUUACACUUAAAAAAUAAAACUAACUUAAAAAAGUAACUUUUCAGCAAGAUAUGGAAGCUUCCAUUAAGUUAAUAAUUCCUUAACAUUAUUUUAAAAAGUACUGGUUUCACUGGCAGAUUAUUUCACUUAUUACAUGGGGGAAUGUUUUAAGUGUAAUAAUCUGUGAGUGGAACUAGUAAAACAACCUGAAAAAUUAAAAGGUUAAAUGUUUUGUCUUAUUUCAAGUGAACCAAGAUAUUUGCACCAGAAACUACAGCAGAAGGACUUGGUAAGAUUUUGUAUUUUUGCAGUGUAUCGAAGAAAAAAGAGGUAUGAAGUUAUAAUAGCAAAAAAUCAUAAACAGAAAUAAGAAAUAUUUAGAUGUGCUCAUUAUAUUAUGAGUACAAGAUUUUAACAUCAGAAUGUGAAAACUAGCUAAUGUGAAAAUUAAGAUGCAGUUUAUCAUCAUGCACUUAAUUUAAAAUUUACAUUUUUGCUCCUGAUUUCCUUUUUCUUCUGCUGAUAAGGGUGUGGAAUAUUUUUGACUAACCAGCAGUGAAAUUAAUUCAGACAUAAAUAUACAGACUUAUGUAAAAAUUUAUCUAUUAAUAUUACUUUGAUAAAUGAGCAACAGGUAAUUAAAACCUUAAACACCAGGUGAUCAAUGCUUCAUUUCACUGAGCGGUUUGGAUCGGUAAAACGGGUCGCUGUCACUGAAACAGACAAAAUGCCGUCCUAAACCGCACUGGCCUGUAUUACUGCCUGGAAACGAAGCAUAACGUCAACAUAAAUGAACACUAGCUGCUCUGAUUCAAUAUCUGACAUUAUUUCCACUAUUUAAUGCUAAACUUUCGAUAUCCGCUUCAGAUGUGUUGCAUAAAAGACGUUUGUCCAUUUAUGGCCUUCAUGACAAACAGGAUGCACAAAUUUGAAUUGUGAACUUUCUCUAGUCCACACCAAGUCAAAUCUUUACAUACAAGCUCAAAUAUUGUUCGUUGUUUCCCAGUAACGUUUGUGUAAAUUUCCCCAAAGUGUUUUCACUUUGGGGGAAAAAAUGCUAAAGCUAGCAUUUUUUAGUUACCUUUACAUUUUAAAGGGACUGUUUUGAGCUGUGCAUCAUAUAAUGUUAUUUUCUCAUCAAAAACAUAUCUGGAGUGUUGCCUUGAUUGUUUCACGCAUGUUUGAGAAAUCAUUUAAUUUCCAUGGCAACCAUUCAGCUGUCCAAAACACCUGUGUGGACCUAGCCCCACUUUCAAGGCACACUAAGCUCCUUCAGACUAGCCAGCAGCAAUUAGUAAACACCUGGUGGAACAUCUGCUGAGCUCAUUAUAGGAGCUAUUUCUCGGUGUAAUGCUGGUACGUUGUUAAAGGGUUAAUAGAGGAGCCAUGUUGGGAUGACCUCCUGAAGGUGGAGUUUCAGAAAGAGCAAGAGUUUUAAAGAGACAGAGGCCCAAUUUAAAAACGUUAAAUUACAGUAAAAAAAUUUAAGUAAAUUUUGUUUUAAGUCAUAUUUGAUAUAUAGAGCAUUUUUUUGUCAUGUGAAGGUAACAUAGUUACUUGAUUGCACUAUAAAAUGGCACUAUGAGCCUGGAAGACACAUCAUAUUGCCCCUUUGAAACAUUGCUGAAUUCUUCAGCAUUUUUGGAUAAAGUUAUUAAAAAUGGUGUUGGUCAAAAUGUGGCUCUGGUUGCAAACCCUUGAGCUAGAUGUUUGAACUCAGUUGACCUUUCUAGAUCCCAAACAGAACCCGACAGGCUAACAUUAAGCUAAGCUAAUAUUUGUAGAGAAAUCAGAUGAUUUUUAAAAGAAGCUGGUGAAUCACUACAAAAACAUUUAGCCAAUUAUAACAAGGUUCCCUAUAUAUUUGAGACUGUAUGUAUAAUUUUGACUAUGUGAAUCACAGAAAAUCCAAAACAAUUCCAAAUUAUUUACCUCAUUGUUGCUUUUGUUGGGUGUGUGAUGCUCUUUAAAUCCAUUAAAUCAAUGACCUGCCUGCGUGCCACUGAAGAGGUCCGGUACCAUGUGUUGUUACGUAAAACUGACGUCUUCUGGAUGUCGUUCUGAAGGGAAGAUGCUCAUCAGAAGCAUUUUCCCAUCAUUAAUCUAGAUUCCAGAUUAAAUCAGAAAUCUAAAACCAAACGAGGAGAUCGUUUGGUGAGAAACACAAACUGAUAAAAUUCUGCUUUAUGUUUUUUUUUUUUUAUAAUGAGCCUAAAAAUUGAUUCUGUUCAGCUUGGAGCUCCUCUUGGUGUCAACCGGGUCCGUUUUAUGAAGCCCAGUUAAAAUAAAACUGCAGAGAAUCCUGGUAAACUGGAUUGAACAGUAAAAUGACAGUAAAACUUUAAGCGGUUGAAGAAGACAUUUUAUGCCAAAAAACAAAUAAUGGAAAAAUAAACUUUUAUUUUAUAUAUCGGUAUGUUCCAAGCAGAGUCAAAAUCUUUUGUCAGCUGUUUUAUAUCAAAUUAAAGAUUUUAAUUGUUUUUAUUAUUUUUAAGUUAAAACCACAAAUUUAAGAUCAUUUUGUUUUAUUUUUAUGAUUUACUGCAUAAAGGAAAGUUUCAGAAAUUUUAAAUUAACAAAAUAAAAGGCCCCUGAGUUUACCAGUUAACUUUUAUGAGAAUAAUUAAGAGUCAAGAUGUUGAAAAAAUUUUGUUGCAAUCGUGAAAUACGAAUGUUUGUGGAGAUAAAUAUUGCCUUAAAAUGGGAAUAUAACCAAAGACCAAACUAAUUAGAAAAGUAACCUCUCAGUUUGUAAAUAUGAACAAAAUACCUUUAAAAACACUUUAAUGACACAUUUUUUUCUAAAAGUACCAGAAUAAGGUUUUGACCAGAUGCAUAAAGGGAAGAUGAUCAUUGCUGCAUGUUUCAGCUCUAUAACCACAACCUGUGUAUAUUUUUAAAUGCUAAACUGUCUUAAUAUGUUUAGUUUUUAAGGCUUUUUGUUGACUACAUCAGUUAAAUUGAAAAAUCAAGUGUCCUUAUUGAACAAUUAAAGAACCUGAGCGCCAAGCAACACUUGUAGUUUUAUUGGCAGUGUACUUACAGCUACAUGGAUGGGAAUGAUGCUUAAAACCGCUGCAAAAUUCAAGAUUUUCAGACUGUAUGACAUGUUAUAAUAAACAUCCUAGAACAACUAACAAUGAACAGCAAUAACAAAUAAAAACAAGUUGAUAUUAAGUCGUCUUGUGCUGAUGGUGUUUGUUUUGUAAUGGUUUUUAUUUCUUUGUUAAAAAUUUCUCUGUUUUAACUAAAUCUGCAUUUCACAGUAAUUUUUUGGCCUUUUAACAUUAUUUUAAAUUGAUUUCACACUUAAAAUGUUUUGGUUUUUUUGAGCCUUAAUGGUCAGACAAUCCCAUACUGGCCGAUUUUAAAAAAACUCCAAAAGUUUGAUAUUUGUGAAAAACGUACAAUCUUGAAUUUAUUUAGAGGCUCGAACACUGCAGAUUGAGUUUUGUACAUAUGAAAUGUUUAGGAAAUGAAAAGCCAACAGGCUGUAUAAGGAUGUAGAAUCCAUAUUUUGUUAUUAAAAUAUGUCUUACUAAACAGAAUAA